CGUUAUGGGCUUUGCAUAUCAGUCCUACUUCUACAAUUAUGCAGAGAUAUACUUUGAUCAUCUAGCAUUGACGUAUUUGGAAAAUCCUCAGCCAGUUGAUGAUAUACAAAUCAAUCUGGACUGCUGUGGUAAAAUUGAUGCAGGUGACUGGUUCAACAUCACUGGAUUUAUUCCAGCAUCAUGUUGUCCAAAAAGGAAUCCUGGAAUAACAGAAAGUCGCUGCAGAAUACCUGAAGACUUUUUCACUGUAACUCCAUAUGGAUGCCUGAGCAGACUUGAGGCAUUGCUGGAGCAUGAAAUUAUUGCAGUUCUUCUGAUACUGAUGCUCGGUGUUCAGAUAACACAGGCGCUGCUCUUCUGUACAGCCUGCAUUGGAAGUGCAAGUUUACGAAUGCAAGAAAAACAGAACACUACAAUAACUGCUUCAGGAACCACCAAUGAGAGAUGAAGUGAAAUGUAUACAUAGCAACUAUUUGGACUGACUUUGAAUCUCUACAAUGUUUGGAAAGUGUUGAAACAGCAACCUGACUGUAUAAAUGAAUAAGGUUGUCACUCAUAUUUGGCAAAAUGUGUCCAGAUGUAACUAAUCUUAAUACUGAUACAAGGACAUAAGAAAAUAAGUUUUACUUCACAUAGAGCUCUGUAUUCUAAACAGGAACACACAAUAACACGAACAGAUCAGUAAAGAGGACCUGUAAUGUCAUGAGGCUGAAAAUAUUUUAAUUGACAGAUGUGAUAAAUGAGCAUCUUCAAUAUGUUUCAAAAGAAGCAAAACAUGAAAAACUUCAUGACAAAUUAAACUGAUUCCAGGCCAGUAC